AUGAAGAGAAUACGACCCUCACGAUGGAGCGGCCAAUUGCUCCAGGCCCGCCGCGGCGCCGGCAUCCCAGCCGCUAGAACGCCUCUCUGCCUCGCCGUCAGAUGCCAAUCGACCUCCUCCGUCCCCGCGAGCGACUCCUCGACCCUCGACUCUUCUUCUUCCGCCUCACCUCCUCCUGCUCCUCCCCUCCCGGCUCCCUCAUUCGACCGGGCUCCCCAAUCCGCAAAGCUCGCCGCCCUACACGCCCGCCUCUCCCUCUCGAAGAAGAUCCCGCUGCAGACGCUCGCCAGGGCCCUGGUGACGCCGUCCGCGGACGCGAACCCCAACUUCAACAAUGCGAACCUGGCCUACCUGGGGAGCACAAUCAUCAACUUCCACGUCUACGAGUACCUCGUCUGCAAGUGGCCCCGCCUGCCAAUGGCCAUCCUGUACGAGGCGCUGAGGGCCUACGCCGGCGACGAGUCGCUGCAGCAGAUUGCCCGGAGAUGGGGUGUCGAGGCGGCUGCCGCACCCGGGGAGGAAGUCGACCCGGGCCUGCUGCAGUGGAAGGCCGGCGAGAGCAACGUGGUCAACACGCGCUGGGGGUACAUCCGCUCCGAGGCGGCCAAGGGAAAGGCCUGGAGGCGAGGACUGAGCAGCCGCGUCGUCUUGGACAGCGACUUUGGUGACCAGGUCAGCAGCAGCAGCAGCAGCAGCAGCAGCAGCAGCGCCUCCGAGUCCGAGAGGCUAGAGUACAACACGCUGCAGAGCGAGGCUUUUGGCUCCGUCGUCCAGGCCGUCAUCGGCGCCAUUUACACCCACUGCGGCCGCGACGAGGCCAAGGCCUUCGUCAAGUCGCACAUCCUGUCGCGCGAGCUCGACCCUUCAAGACUCUUCCAGUUCAAGCUGCCCACCCGCGAGCUGGCCAUGCUGUGCGCCCGCGAGGGCUUCGAGCCCCCCGUCGCGCGCCUCGAGAGCGAGACGGGCCGGCUGUCCCGCACGCCCGUCUACGUCGUCGGCAUCUACAGCGGCAAGGAGAAGCUGGGCGAGGGCACCGGCGCCAGCCUCGACGUCGCCCGGCGGAAGGCGUGUAUGACGUCGCUCAAGGCGUGGUACCUGUAUAGCCCGGGCAACAAGGUGCGGGUGCCCAGCGACAUGAUGGAGCCGGGCGCCAAGCCGUGGACGGCGCCGCACAUUGAUAUCGGUGAAAUCAUCUAA